AUGAACAACACAGAAGCAGGUGCAGGCGUUCGAGGAUGUGGCCCUUGGGAUGAUCCUGCCCGCUUCAUCGUGGUGCCAGCAGCCUACGCAGUGGCCCUGAGUCUGGGCCUGCCUGCCAACCUGGCUGCCUUGGCUGUCUUUGGGAGGGGUGGGGGAAGGCUGGGUCAAGCUUUGCGUCUCUACCUGCUUAACUUGGCUGUGGCGGAUAUCCUCUUUACCCUCACACUGCCCUUCUGGCUCACCUACUACUUGGGCCGGGCCCACUGGCCCUUCCCUGCCUCCGUCUGCCAUGUCACUGGGGCCACAUACUACGCUGCCACUUACGCCGCCAUCUCCUUCAUGGUCCUCAUCAGUGUUAGUCGUUACUGCAUGGUGCAGGGGCCCAAGCCUGGGUUUGGCACCCGCCUGCCCCUCAACCAGCUUCGAGUGGCCCAGGCUGCCUGUACUGCUACCUGGAUGCUGUGCUUGGCCUGUGCUGCUCCGUCUCUAGUCUCUGCCCAGGCUCUUCGCCCUGGCCCGGGAGGCACUACCCGCUGCUUCGAACACGGCUGGGCCCGGCAAGACAUGGCUUAUGUCACUGUGGGCUUCUUCAUUGCUGCCUUCCUGUUGGUACUUGGGGCCUACGUAUCCUUGGCUCGGGUGCUGGUGGUGCCCCCUACAUCGAGAGGGGCAUCUCUAGGCCCUUUAGCUACUGGUUCCCAUCGACGCAUGGCACGGACCAUGGUACUGGGGCUGUUAUUGGUGUUUGCUAUUUGCCUGGCUCCCUAUCACCUCAUCCUAGCACCUUGGGUGGCCAGACAGGAGGGGAAUGAUGGUGACAACGGAGAUGGUGAGUGUCCGGUGCCUUCUACCCUGGAUGUCCUGCACACCCUCAGUCUGGCCUUGCUCAGUCUCAACAGUUGCCUGGACCCUCUUGUCUACUGCUUUUCAUUACGUCGUUUCCGCCAGGACUGCCGGGGGCUAAGCUGCUGCCCAGGGUCCAGAGGAACUGGGGUCCCGGCUUCCUCUUGUUCCUCCUCAUAG